AUGGUGGAGCUCCCGUCGAAGGUGCACCUCACCUCUCACCCCGUCUGCGUGAGGAUCCGUGGGCCCUCGGUGUAUGAGGACGAGAAGCAGCGCACGUGGCUGCAUCUCUUCAUGGAGACAGGAGGUGUACUGCAAGUACGGUUGCACCAGGAAGACAUCCCCAGUGGGUAUAUCCCUCUCACCAUCAGCCUGCUGACCUCGAGCACCAUGCCUUUGAUGUGGAAGAUCCAACCUGGGAACCAGUACCUGGACUGCAUGUUCUGGUUCUGGUGCAUUGUGCAUCACAUCAGGGAGGAUAAUAUGGAGGAAAUGGUACUUGAGUUGAUGAAAGACUUGUAG